CAAUACAACAUUGCUGCUGGUAUAGCUUGCUCCUAAUCAUUAAAUGGAUCCAGGCGGUUUAAAAUUUUAAUGGAAAUGGAACCUCGUAAAUUGUCAAAUGCUGACCCAAUUUGGAGAAUCUGUUUGCUAUAGGCAUGCAUACAAGUACCCAGACUGUGAUUACUUGGAGAAAUUUACCAGCCACGGCUAGAUACAUUCAGUACGAGAACCCUUGUCUUCUCUUAAUUGGUAACGCAUUAUGUUACAUAAUUUCUGGACUUGCCUUACUGGUGUUUGGCGUCAUUGUAACCUCGGUUACUUUCCAGAAUUUAGAGAGGCACACAGAGGGUAAUACCGAAAGAUACGUUGGUCCUGUUUUGAUCGUUGUAGGAGCCUUACUUUUGGCUAGAGGGACAUUCAAUCAAUUCCAUUUUGUAGAAACAAGGACGAGGGAGAGAAUACUUAUACGGGACUGUCAACCUACCCUGUAUUCUUCUAGACAAAUAACGGAGUGUAGUAGUACGACAGCAACUAUGUGUAGUGUUUCAGUAAAUGAAGAUAACAAUCAAAGUGGACGACUGCCGACAAAUGAAGACCCACCUCCCUACGAGGUUGUCAUAGCAGAUCAAAGUUUACCCGACUCUCCUGACACGUUCGACAUUGUUCGAAUAACACAUAGAUGGCAGGAUGAAUUGGUAACAACAAGCGAAGGGUCUGUAGCAUCCCCUAGUAAUGGUUCUGAGCCACCGUCAUACGAGGAAUACAUGAAGAGAGUGUCUGAAGCCCAGAACGACACUUGAUGAACGCAGUUUGAUUGUUCACUCCUGGGCACUUUUGCACAGUAAUAGAAUGUUUGGAGUCUUUGUUCGUAAAUUGUCUUGAUUGCGUUCGUGCGGAUUAUUGUUCUCAAAUGUAGUGCUGCGGGAAUUGGUGGACCUAUAACGAUUGCUUUGUGUGUGAAUAAACGUAGAGAUGCAUGAAGGCUCAAGGCCUCGAACGUGUUGGUAUUUUUUUUUACCUGCUUUUGUACUUUUGUAGUUCUAAUUCUAAAUGCUUUGAAUAGUUUGCUUUCAUGUAUAACAUAUCAUUAAAUCUUAUAAAUGUCUUAGAUAUUUUA